CGCACUGGAAGUAACAUGGCUCCCGUGGCCAAGCUCCCAAGAGUUCCAGCGAUGCUGUUGGUGAUGUUUAUUUUGCUCGUUCUCCCAGCCGUGGCAUUUGACGGAGGGGACGCCGUCGCACUUCUGCUCGGGGUUACCACAUCGGUGGUGGGUGUUUGUGCAUGCAGCGGGUUGGGUCAUUUUUGACUGACAUAACAAGAGUCGUGUGCCUUAUUUUGCUGAAAUGUGUGAAGUUGACUGAACGAAGAAGACAAAAAAUGAACUACAAAACCAGAAAUGUGAGAACAGGAACUGGGAGCACUGUACCUGUCGGUUACUUCCAAUCACUGAGAGAUGGCACAUUAUGGACUAUACGUAAUAGACUAUGUUUCGUUAAUAUGACACCAACAUUUGAUUUCGCUUGGACUUGAAUUGAAUAUCUUGAGAUACUGUACAAGAAUAAUGUAUGUCCCUUCAAAGAGUGUGAUGAUCAACUGUCCUUUCUCAAAAUAUUGACAUUGCCAUGGCAGGUGAAUUGCCAUCUGACAACUGUUACAAGCACAGUAGCUAAAGUGUGUUCUGUCAGAAAUGCUUUCACAGCUCUUAUAGCACAACACUGUUAUUAAGCCCUCGUGAUAGAAAAUAAAU